AUUCACUACAUGUAAAUGACGUUUGCCCCUCUUUCCCAUUUAUAUUUUCCAGAAUUCAUUUCUCCCAUCUGCAUGCCAAUCACACCGGAAUUGAGGCAAAAAUCCUAUGUACGUUACACUCCCUUCGUCAUAGGCUGGGGUAAAACAAUGGAGGGUGGUACCUCUUCCAACGUUCUGCAAGAAUUACAAAUUCCCAUCUAUGACAAUCAAGUGUGUAGAGAUCGUUAUAAACAGCAAAAUCGCCUCUUUACCGAAAAUCAAUUUGAUAGAGCUGUUUUAUGCGCGGGUGUACUAUCCGGGGGUAAGGAUACCUGUCAGGGAGAUUCUGGUGGCCCUCUUAUGAUACCAGAGAAUUAUGGCAACAAUGUGCGUUUCUAUUUAAUUGGUGUUGUAUCGUAUGGUAUUGGUUGUGCCCGUCCCGAGAUUCCUGGUGUUUAUUCGAGUACACAGUUCUUCAUUGAUUGGAUUGCACAAAAAGUAGCUGAUACUCCUUAAGUUUUUUUAUUUUUGGCCAUUUUUGCCUUUAUGUAAUAUUUAUGUGUGUUUUUUAUUAUUUUUUUAAUAAUUUUAAGUCUCCAUUUUAGUUUAAGUAAUAUGUAGAGUGAGAGAUUAUUUAUACAGAUUUAUGUUAUUUUGUCUUCGUUUUGAUUUUUUAUUUUUCAUAUUUUUUAAUAAAACUUUUUUCAUUUAUUUAAAA